AUGGCGACGUCGACGGCGACCAAGAACACCAUUACCCUCCGCGGCUCUACCGCCAUUGUCACUGAGUUCUUUGGCUACUCCAUCAACUCCAUCCUCUACCAGCGCGGCAUCUACCCUCCCGAGUCGUUUGUUCGUGUCAACAAGUACGGUCUCACCAUGCUUGUCACAGACGACGACGGGCUCAAGGCUUACCUCGGCGAUGUGCUCGCUCAGCUGAAUGACUGGCUGCUUGGCCACUGUGUGCAGAAGCUGGUCCUUGUCAUCACCUCGGUAGCCACCAACGAAGUGCUCGAGCGGUGGACGUUUGACAUCGAGGCCGACAAGGCCGUCGACGACGGCGCCACAGUCGAGGCCCGUCCGGACAAGGAGGUCAAGGGCGAGAUCCAGGCCAUCAUCCGCCAGAUCACCGCCUCGGUCACCUUCCUGCCCAUGCUCGAGGAGGCGUGCACCUUUGAUCUGCUCGUCUACACCGACAACGACCUCGCCGUCCCGCUCGCAUGGGAGGAGUCCGAUCCCAAGUACAUCGCCAACUCGGAGGAGGUCCGUCUCCGCUCCUUCACCACCCAGAUCCACAAGGUCGACACCAUGGUCUCGUUCAAGGCCUAGCGCGCCAAGCCUAUGCUGUUCCUCCUCCUACCCUCCCCCCAUCACACACCGGCCGGCCCAAACCUCUCAUUCGCCCCUCGCGGCGUUAAACCCUACUGUAACC